UGAAUUAAUAGAGGAAAGAAAAUUGGUCGGCAACGCGUAAAGGCCACCAACGUGUCGGUUGGCGCUAAUCUGAAUUGUGAUCAAUCAUUUCAUCCUCUUUCUUUGGAUCUAAAUCUCAUUCACCAUUUUCUUUGUUUCACUCUCUUCUUUCUUCUUCUUCUUCUUCUUCUUCUUCUUCCUACUUCUUACUUCACUUCCUGCUCCAAUUCCCCUUCGGAUCUCUAUAUCUCUUUCUCUCUCACAGUUAUGGCGUCUUCUGAUAAGCCUGAGAUCGUGGAAAGAGGUGACAAAGGCAAAGACCACAAGGAAGAUGAAGGUGAAGGGAAGGGUGGAUUCCUUGACAAAGUGAAAGAUUUCAUUCACGACAUCGGUGAAAAGAUUGAAGAAACGAUCGGUUUUGGGAAACCGACGGCCGAUGUUAGUGCGAUUCAUAUUCCAUCCAUCAGUCUUGAGAAGGCUGAGAUUGUUGUUGAUGUUCUGAUUAAAAACCCCAAUCCUGUUCCUAUUCCCCUAGUUGACAUUGACUAUUUGAUAGAGAGUGAUGGCAGGAAACUGAUCGCUGGGCUGAUUCCCGAUGCUGGAACAAUUCAUGCUCAUGGAGAGGAGACUGUCAAAAUUCCUGUGAAGUUGGUUUUUGAUGAUAUAAGGAACACAUAUCAUGACAUUAAACCUGGCAGUAUCAUUCCUUACAGGAUCAAGGUUGAUCUGAUUGUGGAUGUCCCUGUUUUUGGUAGGUUGACAUUGCCACUUGAGAAAACUGGAGAGAUCCCUAUUCCUUACAAGCCCGAUGUUGAUAUUGAAAAGAUACAGUUUCAGAGAUUUUCUUUUGAAGAAACUGUUGCCAUUCUCCAUUUAAAAUUGGAGAAUAAGAAUGACUUUGAGUUGGGAUUGAAGGACCUAGACUGUGAAGUCUGGCUCUCCGAUGUUAGUAUCGGAAGUGCGGAUCUCUCCGAAUUUACACCCAUUGAUAAAAAUGGUAUCAGUUACGUUGACUUACCCAUCACCUUCAGGCCAAAGGACUUCGGUUCUGCACUUUGGGAUAUGAUUAGAGGAAGAGGCACUGGCUACACCAUAAAAGGGAAUAUUCAUGUCGAGACACCUUUUGGUCAGAUGAAGUUGCCCAUUGUUAAAGAGGGUGGUACUACUCGCCUCAAGAAGAAUAAAGAAGAUGGCGAAGAUGACGACGACGAGGAGUAAACAGAAGGCGCAUCAUCUGGCUAUAGUGGGUAGUUUCUUUUUCCUUUCUCAUAAAAAGAAGUAUGAUGUUGUUCCAUGCAUAUGUUCAGGAAUUGUUUGAGUGAACCUUUGGUUACUUUGAUUGUCAUAGUCACCGUGUAACAGACUCUUCCUUUUGUUUUUAAAUACUUAGUUUUGGCACUGACUUUGGGUGGUGAAUUUGAUGUGUUUUGAAGAUACUGUUUAAAUAUAGUCAUUAUUAGCCAUUAUAUAAAAGUCUAUUGUUUCGCAAA